AAAAGCCACUGCACCCUCUCCGAUGGCCACAAAUAUCUCGCCGGCUCGCGUUCAUUCCACCGCCAUUGGCCGUCGCCGCUGCUAUUUGGUCGCGAACAGUCGAGGAUUACGCUAUUCUGAAGUUGCGAUCUCAACCCUCAGCGCCUGCCUGAUGAUGCGGGAAGCGAGCUCCUUUCCUCUCCCGAGAUCGAGCAGCCGUCUGCUUUCCCCCUCUCCGAAGGUGUGACGACAUCAUGCCUCUGCCAUAGAAACAAUAAGCGAAAGGUGUUUUUUAUAUGUUGAUGGCAUGCGGGAUUUCUUGUUCGAGUUACCAUCUCUUGUUCAGUUCUGGAGAUGGAAGAGACUUAUUGGCAAGUAGGAAGUGUUGUCAUAGCCCUUUUCCUGGAACAAAGUUUCUGUCUACUAGUAUAUGCUGUGGCCAUGGGCUACAACUGAAAGUUUUUGCAUCAGGGAAAUCUGAAAAGAAAUUUAGAAAAGAUGGAAAAUCUUCCAAAACUUUUCCAAUAAAAGAAUUGCCUCUGAAAGAACUUAAAAGAAUACCAAAUGAGGUACCUUCAGAUGAUAAAGCAAAUUUUACCUCCAGCACCAAAGUGUCUGCUGAUAAAUAUCCUAGCCCUAGAAGACAUCAAGUGCUUCAAGCUUGCAUUGGUACAUCAUGCUUGCUACUUGCUCUAGGUGCAAUUCUUCGGCAGUUAACCCAUCUUGCAUCUGCAGAAGGAUGGGCAGUAGUCAACCCAUCAGGAUUAUCAUUUGAUUUUGAGAUGUGGCAUCUUGAAUUGAUCUUGGCACUUGUGAUCCUGAUAUCAUCUAGCCGAUAUAUUCUAUUGAAGACAUGGCCAGAUUUUUCAAAAUCAAGUGAAGCUGCGAAUCAGCAAAUCCUCAGUUCGCUUGAGCCUUUGGAUUAUGUUCUGGUGGCAUUUUUGCCUGGAAUUAGUGAGGAGCUCCUUUUCCGUGGGGCAUUGCUGCCGCUGUUUGGGCUUAACUGGAUGAGUUCUCUGCUAGUUGGAGCUAUUUUCGGAGUUCUUCAUUUAGGGGGUGGAAGGAGAUAUUCAUAUGCAAUCUGGGCAACGUGUGUUGGCUUUGCCUAUGGCCUCGCAGCGAUUAUUUCCUCAAGCAUCAUCGUUCCUAUGGCAUCGCACUCGUUGAACAACCUUGUUGGCGGUCUUCUAUGGCGCAUCACAUCUGUUUCAAAGAAACAAGAUGAGUGAUUCUGCAAAACAUCUUACAGAAUGAAUGCCACAUUCAUGGUCCCUUUUGUUUAAUGAACUCCAAUGUUUUUUUUUUAUGAUCAAGAGUGACAUACAUGCUGUUAGUGGUUGUAUAGGCAUGCGUCAUGUUCUAAACUAAGUUAAUCUUCAAACAAUUUCAUUUCAUUUCAUAUUAA